GAAUAAUUUAUCAGAAAUUCGCGAAAAUUAAUUUAAGAAUAAUAGAUCAGUGUCGAAUAUUUGAUAGUUUCGUCGGUUUAAUAUAAUUUCGUGAUCGUCUCUGAUCAUCCUUAGCUUCACAUCUUUCACUCAAACAUUUCCCAGUUAACACAAGUUAGCUUUUCCUUCGAUUAACACUAUGGAUAUUGUAGUAAAUUUGAAUUUAGAUAUCUUAAUUCCAUCAUUGGUUGUCUGACAUCGGAGAAUAGAAUGUUGAAUCAUCAUUCAAUUGUCAUCCAAACUAUCAACUUACAACAUGGGGCACUCGAAAAAGAAGACGGUCAAGAGCAGAGGAGGUUCCAGUUUGAAUGAUGUUACAUUGAACGAUUUUGCGAAUGCUUCAGUUCAAGGCAGUAAAGGACGUUUACGCAAAAGUCGUACUACUCUUCCAACUCACGACGAAAGGAACUGGGAUUCUGAUAUUGAAGAUGUGAACUCAGAUGGUGAAACGAAAUCCACCGAUAAGAAAACUCGUUCUAGAAAGAAAACGAUUUCAGAAACUGACGAAAACGGUUUCAAAACGUAUCCAAUAGAUAUUUGGCAUAUUAUAUCCCAUUACAUAAAACCAGAAGAUGUUGGACGUUUUGCCGCAAUUUGUAAAGGUUCCAAUGCUGUUGUCAAUUCGCCAUCAUUUUGGUUCAAUUUAUACAGAAGAUAUUAUCAACCUGUUAAAGAAAUGCCUGAAAGAUUACAACCCGAAUGUAUGACUCGACUUUACGAACUGAAAUCGUGUGUUAUUCGAGCCUUAUAUUACACCUAUCCGCCUUUCGCUUCCAAAUUUCAACCUGACACUAAUAAACAACUCUCCAACGUCGGCGUUCCAAAUAAUUCGGUCCAGAUUUACACCCCACUGCUUGUUAAAAGGAAAUGUUUAUCUGUUUGGUCUAAAGAAGCUGGCGAUGUCGGUUGGCAAUGCAACUUCAUAUUGAAACGUGAAAAUUUUGCGGCUAUUUACGCUUCUAGGAAUAUUCCACGAAAAAAAGAUUUAUUCGCAAUGUUGGACGAUAUUUCUGCUAAUAAAGAAGAAGGAUGCGUUUUACUUCAGGUGAAAUUCAAAAAAUUUAUUGUCACUCCGUUAGUUCUGGGAUACACGUUAACUUCCAUUACUUACGAUCGUAACACAUUAGAAUUGACAUUUUGUUCCGGUAUGACGUCCGACUACAAUCGUAUGAGCGUAACAUUUAGUAAUGUUGAAGAAGUCCAGGCUCAUAAUUGGUGGUCUCCCCAUUAUCCUCAUUCCAAUAGUUUAUCCACCCAUAUUAUCUCUUGCGGUUGAAUGAAAGCAUACUUAGUUUGUCGAUCUCAUUUCUGUUACAAAGUAUGCAAAUAUUAUACUUUAUGAUGAUUUAGUUACUCUCUCAUUAAUUAACGUUUCCGAAAAAAAAAAAAUAUUUUCUGUGUAGUAUUUUAGUUUCUUUGAAUAUUUUUUGUUAAUGGAUUUUUGUUCUUCUUAAGUACGAGUAAGUGAUAAUUUGUGUCUGUGGUUUACGCAUUUAUACGAAUAUGGUGUGCUGUUAAUGGACUUAUAUUUUAUUGUAAGUCAAUUGUUUAAGUACUCGUAAUUUUGUAUUUUUUUCUCCCUUUUUUGUUUGUUAAUGAUUACUUAAGUUCGCAGUGUAGGUAACCAUGUCCUUUAUUUGUGGAAACAAUAUUUUUUUGUUACCUAAGUUUACGAUUGUAGUCAAUUAUUCGAUUAACAAAUAAUCUGAAUAUGCAACAAUACAGUUCUAAUAGUUUCGCAGUUGUCAAAGAUUUUAUGUAGAAUAAUGAUCAGUUGAAUUUCACUUAUCUAUUUAUUGUUCUAUUUAAUGGUGCUACCUAGGGCAGUAAUCCUUUCAAUAUUGAAUUACUUAUACGAUAUAGUUAUCAUACACCUAAUACAUAUUUUUGUAGUAUAUGACGUACUUCAUCACAAACGAAAUUUUAUUUCUGCGGAUUUUCUAUUUAUAAAUUAAUUAUUUUAAUCGUUUAUAAUUCGAUUUUCUUGUGGUCAUCACUGGAGAUCAGACGAUUAAAAAGAUCAGUUUAUGGUAGCAAAUUUGAAGUGAUAAAAUCUGGUUCAAAGUCCGAUAUUCUAUGCAGCAUAUAACUCGAUGUUUGUAACAGAAUGAUUAAAUCAUGUUUUUUUUAAA